UGCACAGGGGGCCAGAGUCAUGGAAUGUAAAAGCAGGGAGGUGACAGGAGUUGCACUAUCUGGAUCCGUGUGGACAGAACCUGCUGCUACAGUUACAUCCCCUCCAGCAUCUUGUUUUCAAAACAAUCAAAGAAUCACAACUUUUCCAAGUCCAGGAGUGCAGUUUACGUGGUACUGAGAUUCAUGGCACAGUUUCCCUAAUCCACAAUUGCCAUGAAGUGCCAGACAGGCUGGGUAGUGUUGGAGGGCAUCUGCAGAUUCCUGGGAGUUGGCACAGCUGCAGUGCUAAUUGGUGUUGGAAUAGAAACGCUGCAACAAGGGCAAUUUCCCAGUCUAGCCUACUACCUUCUAUUUUCAGCAACAGUUGUGUCUGCCUGUGAAGGAGCAUUCUUUUUGCACCUCGUUCUCAAACUUUGCUUCAGGUUUGAGACAGAACCCCGUUUUUUUGUGUGCUUAAGUAAAACUGCACGGAUUGGAGGAUUUCAGAAAUUUGUUGGAUAUGGGCUACUAUCGGUCGCCUGCUUUUUGCAUCCUGUCUUGGUCUGGCAUGUCACUAUUCCAGGUACCAUGCUUAUUGUAACUGGUGGAGCCUAUCUUCUACUUAGUAAAAGGAAAAAGCCCAAGCCUGGGAAAGAAUGUGUGACCCAGGCAGAGUACUAUACAGAUCCUUCCACCACAGCCAUUGCCAUGACAAGAGCUGGGGACACAGAACAGACUUACAUGUUUAACAGUUCUCUAAGAGAAAAAAGAGAGUCACUGUUAACACAGAUGAGGAGCAUCCUAAAAGUAAAAAGGGAUCGCCAGCCUCCCAGGGCCACAGGCUCUAACCAGAGCCAGCAGGAUAACUCUACAGAUACAACUUCCAAAAAAAAGCAGGUGCACUUUGAAGAGAAGGUCAUCAAUAUUAUCUCAGUAGAGGGUGGUAUCCUGGAUGAUCAAGACAGUGAGCUUGAUGAGACUACUUCAGAUACUGCCCCCAUCAUACCUAUGGAGCCCAGGCCAGUUGCCAGCACACUACCUAUGACCCCAGGCCUUUUCUGAUAAUCUUCUGAUUGGUUGAGACCCCUAUGGACAAAAACACUCAGAACAGUAAGUUCUCAUCCAGCAAGUUCUCAUC